ACAGAGCUAGUGGUUGUUGAGGCCAAAAAAGCUUCUGCUGUGACAGCAGCAAUCACACAUUCACACUUACUAAUCAUGAUUCAUUGGGCACCUUUACAGCCAAUAAUGCCAGUUUUAAACCUCCCAAUUACACCAUUAACUAUAUGGCACAAUCAGAGAUCCUCUCGAGACAGCUAUCAAUCAAUGGCGAUCGAAUUAAACUUAAUUGUUGGCACUCCAUAUAUCCAGCAGCAGCUGUAGCAGCAGCCAGCAGCAUGUGAUGUGAGCUACUACUGAUACUGAUACUGAGCUAUUGCGAUCGCAUGCGAAGAAGAUUCAGUAGAAGUUAAUUGCAAGCUUAAUCAGAUUCAGUAGCAUUUGAGCUGAGCUGAGCUGAGAUGAUCAUGGGGAGAGCAGUGGAGCAGCAGCAGGGUGGAUGCUGCUCGGAGAAGAAGAAGAAGCUGAGGAAAGGGCUAUGGUCGCCGGAGGAGGACGAGCGGCUGGCGACGCACAUCGCGCGGUUCGGCGUCAGCUGCUGGAGCUCGGUGCCCGACCUCGCCGGGCUGCAGCGCUGCGGCAAGAGCUGCCGCCUCCGGUGGAUGAACUACCUCCGCCCCGACCUCAAGCGCGGCCGCUUCUCCCACCACGAGGAGGAGCUCAUCUUGGCUCUCCAUGACAAGCUCGGCAACAGCUGGUCACAGAUCGCGGCGAGGCUGCCGGGGAGGUCGGACAACGAGAUCAAGAACUUCUGGAACGCGCGGCUGCGCAAGAAGCUCCGGCAGACGGAGUCGUCGUCGUCGGCGACGACGGCGGCGGGGGCGGCGGCGACCGGACACCGCCGCGGCGAGGCUGACCGGAGUCGACCGCCGCCGCCUGCAUCGUUCAACACCUUCUCUCACGACGACCGGACGACUCCUGCUCCUGCCGCCCACAUUGCCGCCGCCGCCGCCGUCGAAGCACCCGCAGCGAUGACGACGACGGGCGGCGCCGUCGGCGGCGGUGUUCUCGUGGACAACAGUGGUGGUCACCGUGAUGCGGUGGCGGAGGCGGCGCGGGGACACGUCGGCAGCGGCGACGACGAUGGCUUCUUGGCCGUGCUGCUUGGGGAGUACUACCUCGACGCCGGCGGCCACGGCGACGGAUUCAGCUUCUUGGGCGGCGGCGGCGGCGGCCACGUGUUCAGCUAAUUUGUAAUUAGUUUGCUUGCUUUAAUUUGAUCGUGUAAUGAUCCAUUUCAUUGGUUUGGGGCUGACAAUAAUUAGCACACAAGCUCUUGUUUAGUUGUGUUUGUCAAAUCAAAUGUGCAAAAUUAAUCUGAAUAAAAUUGUUGAUGAUCGAUCGAUCUCUACUUAUUCA